CGAUGAUGCUCUGAUUUCUGCACGUAAAAGCGGAGGGGCGGGACCACGUCACGGCAUCCCAGCAUUAGAGUUUUUCAUAGGUUGAUGGAGUAGACGAAAAGAAAUAAUGAAAACAUUUGCGUGCGGUUACGUGCGUUUCUCCUCGCAGCCCACCGUGUGAGACGAAUUCUAAAGGGGAAAGGAGGGAGGCACUACUGCAGCCCAGCGAGGGUUAUCUUUGUCUGCUAGUCACGACAGCUGACAGCUCCAGCGGGCGGGUCCUGCGCAGCCUAUAACCACCACCUGAAGAUCUCUGCAUCCUUCAGUUGGAGUGAAACAAAUUCUCGUUGGUCAUCCAGCUACAAUCAGAAGAUGGAGGGGCAGGCAAAAAAGCAGGUCACAGGUUACCUCCUGUUCUCUCUUGGCACCGCUGUCAUCGGCUCUCUGCAGUUUGGUUACAACACAGGAGUCAUCAAUGCUCCAGAGCAGAAACUACGAUCUUUCUUCAAUGAUACCUGGGUCGAGCGUUAUGGCGAGCCCAUCACCCCCGGGGUUUGUACCAUCGUCUGGAGUGUCUCCGUCGCCAUCUUCAGUGUGGGUGGUAUGGUGGGCUCCUUCAGUGUGGGCGUCAUGGCGAACCAAUUUGGCAGGCGUCGCUCCAUGUUCCUGGUGAACUCUCUAGCGGUGAUCGGCGGCCUCCUCAUGGGCUUCUCCACCAUCUGUUCCUCCUAUGAGAUGGUGAUUGCAGGUCGCCUGGUCAUCGGCCUGUUCUGCGGGCUCUUUACCGGUCUGACCCCCAUGUAUGUUGGCGAGGUGUCACCCACUCCACUACGAGGAGCCUUCGGUACACUUCACCAGCUCGGUGUGGUAGUGGGCAUCCUGAUCGCUCAGGUCUUCGGGCUGGAGGCUCUGCUGGGCUCCGCCAAGCUGUGGCCCCUGCUAUUGGCCCUCACUGUGGCCCCUGCUGUGCUGCAGUGCAUCCUGCUGCCCUUCUGUCCUGAAAGCCCUCGCUUCUUGCUCAUCAACCUUAAACAAGAGGAGCAGGCACGUAAAGCGCUGGUGCGUCUGCGUGGCAGUGAGGAUGUGAGUAAAGACAUGCAAGAGAUGAAAGAGGAGAGCGCUAAGAUGGCCAUGGAGAAGAAGGUCACCAUCCUAGAGCUUUUCCGCUCCGCAGCAUACCGCCAGCCUCUCCUCAUUGCCAUCAUGCUGCAGCUCUCCCAGCAGCUGUCAGGGAUCAACGCUGUGUUCUACUACUCGACAGGCAUCUUUGAGUCAGCCGGUGUGAAGCAGCCCAUCUACGCCACCAUUGGAGCCGGCAUCGUCAACACCAUCUUCACUGUUGUUUCUCUCUUUCUGGUGGAGAAGGCAGGACGUAGAACACUGCACCUCCUGGGAUUGGCUGGAAUGGCGAUAAGCGCCGUACUGAUGACCAUCUCCCUCCUGCUGAAGCACAUUGCUGUUAUGAGCUACAUGGCCAUCAUCGCCGUCAUGAUGUUUGUGGCGAUGUUUGAGCUAGGCCCCGGUCCAAUCCCAUGGUUCAUUGUGGCCGAGCUGUUCUCCCAGGGGCCCCGCCCCGCCGCCAUGGCUGUGGCCGGCUGCUGCAACUGGACAGCCAACUUCCUGGUUGGAAUGAGCUUCCCCAAGCUAGUGGAAUUGUGCGGGCCUUGGGUCUUCCUCAUUUUCACCGGCUUCCUCAUCCUCUUUUUCAUCUUCACCUUCAUUAAAGUCCCGGAAACGAGGGGCAAGACCUUUGACGAGAUCGCCCGCGAAUUUGGCGGUCCACCUCCAAACCCCUCCAGUCCUGAGGACCAUCCUGCCAGCGCCAGCACCGCCACCACACUCCCAGCCUCACCGGUGAAGGAGAAGGUCCCGCUGGUGGAGGCUCCGGCAGCAACUCCAUUGCCUGCAGCUGAAAACACACCUCUUGAGGAUAAAUCGAAAUCCACAGUGCAGGAGAGUGUGUAGAGCAGCUUUUAGAGAUUUAAUGAGUAAGAGGAUUUAAAAAUCAAGGAAGAAUCACAGAGAUAUAAAAAGUGCUGAAAUUUGUAGUUAAAUAUCACACCUUGGAUCAGUAAAAACCUUAAAAUGUUAUAAUACAGAAGGGCAGCAUCAUCAACCUAUAGGCUUUGACCGGUAAAAGGGUCAUUCUUUCUGCUUAGACUUCUUAUUUUUCUGUGGCAUUUCCUAGACUUCCUGCUUUUAAAUCCUCCCUUCCUUAACUGUGAAAGGGAAGCAGUCACUUUACAAUGCUGCAGAUUAAAUUAACUAUACAUUCCUAGGAAUUAUUCACAAAGAAGGUGAGUCUUUUGCAAGACAGCUGUGUGUCUAGUCAGUACGACACUUAUCGAACACGGCAAACGUGGGCUGUGUAAAAGUAAGUUGUCUCUAAAAGUUGCUACCUUAUGGUGUCCUGAAAGGUCCAGGUAAAAUGUCCAUCACAGCAGACUACAGCAGACUACAGUGUGUUGACAAUGUCCCAGCCUUUGUGCGGGUUCAUUCGCUUCUGAGUUCAGGUGGGAGCGAGGAAGUCAAGGAUUGCAAAGAUGCACCUUUUCUUACUUUACAUAUUCCUGUUUUAGGUGGAUAUUUUAGUGCAAUAUACCUUUGUAGUUUAUUGUAGUUACGUUUGUCCAUAUUUUACCUUUUCAUUUGUGUUAAUAUUUUUGGGAAGCGUUCCCAAAUCACAGGUCUAUGAAGGGAUUAUUUAAUUUGAUGCUCUGCCUUCAGCUCUUGAAUACGAGCUGACAGGCUGGAGAACUUUUUAGCAAUGCCAAAGUAUUGAACUCUAUUUGCCAUCUGGUGAUCACAUGUAACCUUGGCAGCAUCCACAGGUCUCUAGUGUAUUCAUUUUGAACACUAAAUUGGUAUUUGUUAGCUGUAAUCCAAAAGUUGAUUUAACUUUUUUUAAGAUCAUUGCUCCCCUUUCUAUUUGUUUAUUGUGUAAUCCGGAUCAGUCUUGGAUUUUCAAUAUUGUAGGUGCUACAGUUAUACCAAAUACACAAAAUGUACUCUUAACCAGAGAAUUCAGUAAAAAAAAAUCUGAUUGACAAGCCAAUACUGUAUAUAGAGGCAAAUAGAUCUGUACUUAUUAAAUAUUUUGGACUGUGACCUGUGGACAAAAACAUUUAAUCUGAAUUGUUUUAAACAAUUAGAAUCCAAUAGGGUAAUGUGCAAUGUAUAUUUUAUUUUGUUGAAAAAUAUAUAGUAUUUAUUACCUUAGAAAUUGAUUUUUUUAUAAAGUAUAUAAUAAUAAUGAUACUCUAAAGCUACUUAAGAAUCGUAACGCUUUCCAAUUAGGACCUGGGGGAUUAGAAGCUAAUAUUGCGCUACAUCACAUGAAGUGAAAUAAUGUAAACCUUAUGUGUUAGAUGCACUUUGUUAACCUGAGAAGCAGCAAAGCAAGCAUUAGAGUCACAAUCAAUAACGUGGUUCUAAUGCUAUCGUUAAUGCUAUAUUAAUUAAUUAGCUGUUAUUAAAUUAAAUAGGAGUCAUAUAAAAUGUGCAAUCAAUAAUGAAACUGCAGCUUAAACAAUCUAGAAGCUGAUCAUAAAGAGAGGAAAUGAAAGGGGAAAUGCGAAUAAUGUUCAAGCAUAAGGUAAUAAUAUUUUACUGGAAGACCCACAAGAAAUUAAUAAUUAAUUAAUUAAUAUGAUUUUUUCUUUAUCAUUUUACUUUUUUCACAAAGGGUGAAAUCACUACUACUGUACCUUACCUACCUUGCUGUAUUGGACAGUCACAUGUUGUUAAAUGACUGACAGCUCACCACAUUAAGUCACUGUAGUUUCAUAGGAUAGGUGCUAAUGUUUUCACAGAUGAAUUCACAUUAUUUUUGAAAUAAUACUCAAAAUCAGAGAGGCUUUGGCAAGAAAGAUUACUUUUCUAAGUAAUUUAAAAGCCAAAAACUGUACAUCAUGUGAGGUUUUGAAGAAAUAAGAAAAACUGGGUUUCUAUCUGCCUGCAGAUCAAACUUGGAAUUGUUUAAGAGCUGAAACUACAGUCCGGUUUCAAGUUAAAAAAAAGUAAAUACAAUUUGGAAAAAGCAUUUUGGUAUAAAACAUGUUGGAGAUGUGCUAACUUAUUCCAUGCUGACAAGCCCAAAUGCACUGAAUGCGACUUUUGACACCUCAGUAAAGAGUGAUGAGGAAGAACCUCUUUAGAUUAUACUAAAUAAUCAAGUAUUUGCUCCAUAUACCAUUAAAAAUUCCUUGUUUGUUGUCUUUAGACACUCAAAAGGUGAAACUUCCCAUGUAAUUAUGGCUUUAUUGGGCAAGUUCAGGCGCUGUCUACGUUGUGACUCUGUCUGAAAAGUUAUUGUAGCAUCGUCAACCUUUACAUAAGUAUGCAUUUCCAACAUUGUGCAGUAUGUUUGGUGUAUAAAUGUAUGACACAAAGUAUAUUUUCUAUAUUCUGUAGUGACGGUUAUUCAUGCUGCAUUUGGCACAUAUUUAUUUAUUUAUGUAUAUACAAUUUGGCUACACUGGGAAGAUAUUUAUCAUGGCAAGUCAUUCAAAUCACUUGUACUGAGGUGUAACUAAAAUGGACAGAUGAUAGAUGACCUGAAAAUAUGUCACUAUUUUUUGAAGAAAUUAAUUGAUGCGAUGAAAUGGGCUUGUUAAGAUAAAUAUCUCCUAUGGUGGUAGGAGAGUAUAUUAUGGUCGGAGUAUUGGCUUUGUUGUGUAUCGCUGUGUUUGUGGAUGAUAGUGACGUGCUGUGUUAGCACCGGGGGAUGUGUGAUGUACACUCCUCACAUGGCAGUGUUUAGUGUUGUAUUCAAGCUCUCAUGCAAGGUCCCGCUUUUGUCUGUGGCUACACUUACACUGCUCCUGUGAUAGAACACUAACAGUGAUCUCUAACAAACCUGAGUCUAGUUUUGAUUUAAGAUGCUUUCUAUUACUUAACUUUCUCCUUGUUGGAUUGGAGUCAUUAAGUCUUUCACAACUUCAUUAACCUCCAAGAACUUAACUUUUUCUCUGAUGUAAAAUGUGGUAAACGUUAAGGAAUUGUGUUAAAUAUGAAGUUUUAGUGUGCUAAAAAUAUGUCUCUUUUGACAAGAAGGGAUUUGUUUUUGGUGUACCACAUCCAAGAACAAAUGCAAGGUGCAGGUCAGGGUGCAAUCACACUUACAACUUGCAUUCUCUUUUUUUAACUAUUCUGCAGAUGUGAUUAUGAUUUGAUUUGUUGGUAAAACUGCACAUUUACAAGUAAAUCAGGGUUUGGAAAUGAAUCUGAUAGACUCAGCAGAAGCCAAAAGAGACUUGGUAACUCUACAUCCUAGUAGAGAGGAUGUUUUUGCUUAAAUUAAAUUAAAAAGAAAAAGCUUUCAUUGAUUUCCUCUCGUUUUCCAAACUGAAUAAUACUGUUAAAGUAAAAUAAUAGACAGCAGACUUAUGAGAAUCACUAAAGUAUGUGAAAGGAUUUUACACAAAUACAUGGACCAAGGUGCUCGCUGCCCUUAACCAUAGCCACCAAACAACUUCUUGCACACGUGCAAACUCACAACCCUUCGCUCACUGUACAAAGAUAUAGGAGAAUAUAAGUGUUCAUUUGUAAAUAUGUAUUUUUUAAGAGAGUAUUUAUAUGUUGAACUUCAAGGUCAUACAUGUGUUGGUAUUAUUUUUUUCUUUGGGGUGCACAUGGUAAUUUUUUAGAAGAGAGGGACAGAUUUUUGUUGAUUGAAGGUAUACAUGUCUUUAAAAUAGUGGCACAUUUAAGAGUUUUUGUGUGUGUGUUUGUGUAAACAAGAUAAUUACCUUCUCUCCUCCAUUUUAUUUGUAUGUGUUUUCAAUCACUUAACCACAGUCAUGUUUUUGUUCCAGUGUGCCUCAUCAGAUUACACUGAGAGUAGUAGAUAGUAGUUCAGGUAUGUAAUGUUUCUCAGCCACCAUAAUGUCGUCCUUUUGGGUUCUUCUAAACAAUUGAAUUGCCAUAAUGAGGCCUGCUGCCAACAAUGUCAAAAGCCAAGGACUCAUUUAAAACCAAGCAAAUAUUACGGGUCAAAAAAGAUUCAAUGCCGUUUUACAUCAUUAUGGCUGUUGAUUAAAUCUGCAAAAAUAUCCAAACCAUUGCAGAUUGAUAAUAAAUACCCAGAAAAAGAAUCAUGUACUUUCACAGGCUUAAAUCUGACUUGCAUUUAUGUGCUUUGGCUAGUGUGUUCUUUGUUUUUCUGUACUGUUUGGUCCUGAUCUAUGUUAAUAAAUGUACUGACUGUACUGCAUCAUGUACUGUAAAUCUGCUAUUUGUGCCUCUCUGCAGCUCAACAUUCGCAGAUUGUUAUUCACUGUGUGUCACUGGAGUGAUUUUAGACAGAAACAAUCAUUGUCUGUAAGCGUUGCUAAGACAAGACUCCACUAAUUGAUACAGGAUGUACGUACAUGAUUCUGUUAAUGAGUUUUGUGUGAUUAACCACGGCUUCGGUUCCUGUAAUGUGGCGGUAAUGAGCUAAGCAGAUGACAUUGUAGCUUCUGUGCUUUUCAGGCUUUUCAAGUUUCCCUGUGCUACACCAGUGCUGCACCCCAGCUGUUUUUGUUUCACUUGUGUAUUUAUUGUACAUACCAGAAAUAAUGUUGUUAAAUAAAAUAUUCAUCAUGUAACGAGA